AUGACGUAUGGCCCGGUGACGUUUACACCUGCCACGCCCCCCAAUCUGUAUGGUUAUCAUUACAUCAGUGUCUUCGGACAGGAACAGGCGUUCACCAUCUCUCCACACAGCGUCAGAGUGAAUGUCGGGGAGGACGUCUUUCUCAAGUGUGUUAUCCAAAACCAACAGGGUAAAGCACAGUGGACAAAAGAUGGCUUUGCAUUAGUGAAACCAAUACUACUGUUUCCUUUAAUUAAUCUUCGUGCCAGUGUCUCAUUCCUUCAGAGUCACGUCACCCUGAGAAACAUUGCAACUCUGCUCACCCGACAUAGGCCCCUUUCCCCACUAGGCUUUGAGCGUGACGUGCCAGGUUACCCUCGACACUCGUACUCGGGGAAUCCGAGCGAGGGGGAACAUCAUCUGGUCAUCAAGGGCACCACGUUAGACGAUGACGGGAAGUACCAGUGCCAAGUGGGUCCUACUGCUAACACCAGUGCCUUGGUGGCCUCUGCUAAUGUCACUGUAAUGGUGGCUCCAAGAAGCCUUAGCAUCAUCAGGAGCGCCGACAGCAGCGUUGUGCAGGGCACAGCGGGUCACAACUUGUACCUCCAGUGCCUCGUCAGCGACGCCAGACCCGCCCCAAGCAUAGCUUGGUAUCGAAAUGGGAUCAUGCUGGAUAAAAGCCUUCACACAGAGAAGGUUGACGAAAUGCCCCCCGACACAAAGAGAUGGAGUGUGAGGAGUCGUCUGUUGAUCGUGCCAGAGGUCCAGGACGAAGGUCAACAGUACACCUGCCGUGCCCUUCAUCCCGCAUUCGCGAGAUCCCACAAGGCUUUAGUGGACACGGUCACCCUCUCGGUUUUACAUCCUCCAAAUGCCCCAGUUAUCACGGGAUAUACCCCAGGCCACAUUCUGAAGGAGGGCGAACUCCUUUCCUUAUCCUGCCAAUCUAUGGGCGGGAACCCUCGCCCGCAACUCUCCUGGUACAGAGAUGGGCGUUUGCUGAGGCGCCCCGACAUCAAUCAUUCGAAAGCUGGCUCCGAAGACGAAGGAACGAAAGCCGUCAUUGGGUGGGCGGUGACGGAAGACGACGACGGCGCUGUUUACGAAUGCAGAGCCCAGAACGAAGUGUCAGGUGAUCCUUCUCUUUCGGAUGAGGUCGCGCUCAGCGUUCUCUACGGACCAUCACGGGUCGAAAUAGCGGGUCCCUCCGUCGCAACUGCGGGUCAGGAGUUCGUCCUCAAAUGUGUCACUUCAAAGGCCAACCCAGCUGCGUCAAUCAACUGGAUAGUUCAUGGAAUAAAAGUCGCCCCAGUAUCCUCUGUGGUCAGCGAGGGUGAUGGUGGAGGCUGGGUGACCUCUUCUUACCUGAAAUAUCACCUAGAAAGGUCAAUGAAGCUGUCGGAAAUCACGGUGGAAUGCCAAGCAAGGAAUGCCCUCAGCAAAGAAGCUCUCAAUAAGACGAGGGUCAUCAGUAUCAUGAAGCCCCCUGGGCAUCCCCUAUUGAAGGUGGAGGGCAUGGAGGACUUGGUGGCAGGAGGGCGAUUGAUCGUCUUUUGUAUCAGCGAAGGGGGCAACCCAAAUCCGGGUAUCACGUGGGUAGUUACUCAAAACACUUUUCUGUUGGGAUCUGUUACCGGGGAGGAGCGGCACAAACAUUGCCGGAUAAUCUUGAAUUGGCUCUUCAAGUUGUUUGCAAUUUUGGCAAUAAAUAGAUAUCAUUUAGAUAUCGCAUAA